AUGGACGAGGACUACGGUAAUGGCGAGGACGUGUUUCAGGACGCUCCUUCGGAACCAUUCUCGACCCAACACCCGGAGUUCAGUGGCAGCGUGAGCUCGAUGAUUUUCGAGCGUAACGUCGAAGAACCGCAUACGCAAAUGUACGGCAGUCCCAGCGCCGCUGAACAGGCCGCCAUGGUUGGCGAGGGAACGUCUCCCGGCUCGCGUUCGGCCCCUCGGGAGGGACCAGGUGGAGGGAGUACUGGUGCCGCCUCCGGCGCCGCAGGCGCCGGAGUCUCUGCCCCACCACCCAAUGAGAGUUUGUGCAGACAGCCCAGUCGUCGUGCGCUUGAAGACAUGAUUGCACCUGCCCUUGACGCGGGUGCCUCGCUCGUCGCAGAGCCUGACACGGAUUUGGACAACGUCGAGAUGAUAUAUUCACGUCGACCCUCCACGUUGGGGCUCGAUAUGGCGUUGGGUCGUACUCGCACUUCUGGAUCCCACACCAACUUGCCCAUGCUAUCCCGGGCGGCCAGCAACGCCAGUUUUACCUCCGCCAUAAGCACAUCCAGUUUUGCCAGUGCGGCUAGUAACGCAAGCGGUGCAAGCGGUCAAAGCACUCAAAGUACCGCAACCGCCGUAGAUCGGGGUGUUGAGAGACCUCGCGUUCUUAGAUUUUACUCCUACGCGGACAUGUUGUCAGAUGAAAACGCGCACUCACGCAGACCCUCUUUAUCACAAUCUCUGUCCAAUUCUUGGGCCCGGGCUUCUCCACAACCGAUUUUCACCAAUUCCUUCAAGGGUACUAGACGUGAAUCCCUUCCUUCCAACAUAUCCACGACUGGAUCCUCCUGCAGACAAUUUCCCCAGCAUUCCAAAACCUUGUCUAGAUCGCCUACAGGUGUCAGCUGUCGUUCAUUUGUCACUUCACCCUCGAUCCCAACCUCGGCACCGGCAUCUAGCGCUCGCCCUACUGCUGAUUCGAAGCAAAAGGGUAAAUUUCAUCUUGAAAGUAGUGGCAGCGAUUGUUCGACAAGCGAGGACGAGUCCGAUCAAGAUAUGGCAACUUCACCCAAUUCUCCUACACUCAUGAAUAAUGCCACUAAUUCCCAAAAUUUAUACAACACCGUCACGGGGCCACGUCUUUCUCGGACAUCUACCCAAAACAGUUUCAAAAAAGCCCAUCCACCGUAUUCCAAUAGGACUUACUCUUUCGCCAGUAACAUAUCUCCAUUUCUGAGUCAAUCCAGAAGUACUGCUAACAGUGCGCCUAGCGGUAAUACUCAAAACAUGAAUGACGUUCUCUACAACGAGGCCUCUUCGUUACAAUCCAACUCGGUUGGUGAAGUACUCCGGAGAAAAAUGAGUAGUGCGACGGACGCCUGA